GAGAUACUUGGUCUUCCUGUGCCGUGUGCGUCUUCGCUUUUCAAGAUGGCGGCGAAAAGGAAAGGUCUAAAAGCAUAACAACAUAACAAUGAAUAUUUCACAGCAAAUACUGGCUUUGGAUGCGAGAUACAAUGCUUAUCGUGCUCCGAACAACCCUCAAUUUAGAACUCUCUAUAUCAGAAGAAGGAGUCAGCUACUAAGAGAAAAUGCCAAAAAAGAAAAAGUUGACCCUACUUGUCGAAGGCAGUAUUUGUACAUUCGCAAGCAACUGUUAUCAAAGCGCUACAGUCCAUCUGAAUCGUCACAGCUUUCAAGAAGCAGGAGUCCUAGCACAUACAGUAGAGUAAGCUCAUUUGAGACAAGUUUUGACUCGCUGCACAUUGACCCCACCGAUACAAGCCAUGGCCACUCCCCUAACAGGCCGAGUCACCGUCGUUACCACAGUAGUGGCUCCUUCAAGUUUCUCCCUCCCCCUGACAAAGUAGAGUCACCCCCUAGAGGGGUGGUACCUACAAAAAAGGCUGAGGCAAGCAGGAAAAUGGCUGGGAACACAACUUUGGGAGAAAAUUACGCAUUUGCUGGGAUGUACCACAUUUUUGAUCAGCAUCUCAGUGCAGUGACGGCUAUCAAGUUUGCAAAUGACGACAAGUAUCGACUGGCCUGCAGCUCUUCCGACUGUACCCUCUCAGUGUGUCGCUUGAUGCCGUCUCCACCAUCAGUCAUUUGUACACUCCGGGGACACACAGCCACUGUUUCGGACUUUGAUUGGUCAGUUACCAAUGACUUCAUCCUCUCCGCCUCACUGGAUGGCUCUGCUUGUGUGUGGAACCCAACAUCUGGCGCCUGCCUCAGUACAGUCAACGAUAACCACUCCUGCGGAAUGGUGGCAUGCCGCUUCCAGCCAAGCAACAAUAAUAUGUUUAUGACAGGGAACCAAAAAGGCCAUAUCAGUGUGUUCAACACAUCUACUGGGAAAGGGGUGAAGGGUGGUACCGGUAAAGUAGCCUCAGGGGUCUGCAGUAUGGAGUUUGACUCUUCAGGGAUGGUGCUGUGGGUUGGAGAUGAAAAGGGAUCAAUCUAUUCAUUUUGUUUCGACAUCGCCACUGGAAGACUUCACAAGUCAAAAAGGAUCGCUGUGUCGGAGGGUUGCCCUGUGACGUCACUUGGUUACCGUAGCUGGAUCAGUCGUGAGGCCCGCGACCCUAUGCUGCUCGUCAAUGUGUCAGCGGACUGCCUUCAGCUUUACAGGGUGACCGACGAUAUGGGUGGAUUGAAGCUUAAACUGUCGUUUCCCAUAGCCCAUCGCACGCAUAACAUCAGGAGCUGUUUCUGUCCGCUGAUGAGUUUUAGGCAGGGAGCAUGCGUAGUGACCGGAAGUGAGGACAUGGCUGUGUACUUUUUCGAUGUGGAGCGCUCAGAGAAGCCUUGCGUUAAUAAGCUUCUUGGUCACUCGGCACCAGUCCUCGACGUGUGCUGGAAUUAUGACGAGAGCUUGUUGGCUUCUUGUGAUACUGAGGGGACUGUUAUCGUUUGGAAACGUGAGCAGCCCAAAUAUGUUUGACGGCCGGUUAUCUUCUGGUUGCCCUUUCAAUCAAGAUAAGUCACGUAAUCCCAUUGGCAAACGUCGUGCGAAUACUUGUAACGAAAAGAGACAUAGUCGAAAAUAUGUUUAUUUUCUGUACAUAACAGAAACGAAAAUGGAAUAUUGCAUAAAAGAAACAAAUAGGGAAUAUUAAAAUAGAAUGACAUUCAAAAUGAAAAAAAAAAAUAUUGUAGACUCAAUGACAAUAAAUCUAAAUAAAUUAAUAGACUUGGCGAAACAAAAAUAAAUAUUUUGCCUACUGCCGCAGGAUUGUCUACAAGUUGACGUCUCUUAUAAAAUGUAUGAAAGGUGUCAGCUUUGAUUUUAAUAAAUGUUUACUAGCAUGUUGUGAAUAACCGUCAAGAUUAAUUUAUAGAACCACAUUCUUACAUAUACUGUUUGAAAAAUAUAGCCAAUAUCUGAUAUUUCUACAAAAAAGAUAGUGUCGAAGGUUUCCAUUUUCCACAAUUUGAGCUCUUAUCAUCUGGCGAUAUUAGAAGAGGACCGUAAAGUGCUAGUGUCUGUCAGCCAUUAAAAAUUAUUAAAGAGUUAAAGAUAGAUCAAAGGUAGUUUAUAUCUGCCAGCAUUUUCAACAAAUCACCAAGUCACUACUGAUUAUCAUAUUUCUUUAAUUAGAGAGAUAUAAUAAGGUACAUGUAUUUUAUGUUUCAUUCGUGCAUUCUUGCAUGGAAUUUGAAGAAUACGAGAUCUUUGUCUGCUCUGGUAGGGCCGUAGGUGGCCUCGAAAUACUGAAGAUGCCACGCCCGAGACGUUGAGAAAAUUGAGGGGCAGAGGCACGCCUCUACUGGUUAUUCCUUAUAAUCUUUGGGGGAAAAGUGGGGGGAGGGGUAGUGCGAAGGGUGUUUUCUCCGGACUAUGUAUUGUAAUGUAUAGUAUAGUCAUUCUUUGAUUUCAUCCAUUGUUAAUUGUAAUAAAAGGCUUCCUUUCA